AUGGAAAUCUCCAAAAUACUCGGGCUCCUGGUAGAGCUCUCAAGUCUGCUAUCCUGUCUCAGAUGUGUGGAGGCUUUCCUGGGAUCCAAGCCCAACCAAAACCAUUUGCAGAGUGCAGCUCCCAGCGUGUGUCCUGUGGGACCUCUUGGCUACUACAAUGGCUCACUGGCGGUCACCGAGGCCGGGGCAGAGUGUCUCAACUGGGCAGAGUUCCCUGACUAUGUCCAGCAGUACCCAGACCGUGGCCUGGGGGACCACAACUUCUGCAGGAACCCAGACGGGGGAGCAACGCCCUGGUGCUUCUACAGGCUUGUGUCAGGAGCCAUCGGCUGGGCCAACUGUGACUGUAACCAAGGUGCUGUGCGGUUGGCUGAAGACAGUAGUGUGGAGCUGUACUUCAAUGGACUCUGGGGUACCAUCUGUGCUGACCACUGGACUGACUGGGAUGCCAGUGUUGUCUGCAGGCAACUAGGUCUCAGUGAGAUCGGCACAGCUGGCAAGAAGAGUCAUUCUGGACCAUGGCCUGUUCCCCUGCACCUGCAGUCAGCAAACUGCCAUGGAGAUGAGGAAGCCCUGCUGCAGUGUGGCUAUCAGGAAGCUCUGUCAGGAGUUUGUAACCAGGGGAGUGCCGUGGUAACUUGUGUUCCUCCAGAAGGUGUAGGUGCCCCACUUCGUAUAGUUGGGGGGAAGGAGAGCUUUGAAGGCCGAGUGGAGGUUUACCAUGAUGGCAAGUGGGGAACCAUCUGUGAUGAUCAGUGGGACGACCAGGAUGCUGAAGUAGUCUGUAGACAGCUGGGACUCAGUGGGACCCCAAAAGCCUUGUCAUGGGCUCACUAUGGACAGGGAUCUGGCCCAAUCCUGCUGGAUGAAGUGCAGUGCUCAGGGAAUGAACUCUCCCUUGAUCAGUGCAAGAAGAGUGACUGGGGACAGCAAAACUGUGACCACAUUGAAGACGCUGGGGUCUCCUGUGACCCUUUCACAGAGGGCACGGUCCGGCUGGCCGGCGGCCGCAGCCCCAGCGAAGGCAGAGUGGAAGUUUACUACAAUGGAGACUGGGGCACAGUGUGCGAUGAUGGCUGGACAGACCUUGCUGCCCAAGUGGUCUGCAGGCAGCUGGGCUUCAGUGGUCCUGCUGCCCUGGCCUCUGAAGGAGAGUAUGGUGCUGGCCAAGGCUUCAUCUUACUGGAUGAUGUGGCAUGUGUGGGGACAGAGCUGACUCUCCUGGACUGUCCCCACAGCAGCUGGGGGCAGCAUGACUGCUCCCAUGCUGAGGAUCUGGGAGUCCGCUGUUCCCCAGAAAGCAACACGGUCAUGGAUGGCAGCCUGGGGCCUCCUGUGCGGCUGGUGGAUGGAGAAAGCACCAAGGAGGGUCGGGUUGAGGUCCUGCUGAACGGGCAGUGGGGCAGUGUCUGUGACGAUGACUGGACAGACAGAGAUGCUGCAGUGGUUUGCAGGCAGCUGGGAUUCAGUGGGACAGCAAAAGCCAGGGCAAUGGCUUAUUUUGGCGAAGGCCAUGGGCCCAUCCAUCUGGACAACAUAGAAUGCAGUGGCAUGGAGGACAGCCUGGGCCAAUGUGCCACGCCUGACACCAGGAUUCACAGCUGCUGGCACAGUGAGGAUGCUGGGGUGAUCUGUGACUAUGUGGAAGAAAAGGUCCAAGAUUUCAAGAGAACAGGUCCAGAGUCUGAAGUGUGUGGGAUGCGCCUGCUUCACCGUCGCAAGAAAAGGAUCAUAGGUGGAAACAAGUCUCUGAGAGGCAGUUGGCCAUGGCAGGCCUCACUGCGGCUGAAGGGUUUUCGUCGAGAUACUCGUCUGCUGUGUGGAGCAACGCUGAUCAGCAGCUGCUGGGUGGUGACUGCAGCCCACUGCUUCAAAAGGUUUGGUGUUGAUGUGCGGCGCUACCUCCUGCGUGUGGGCGAUUACCACACGGGUGUGAAGGAUGAGUUUGAGAGGGAGCUGCCCGUGGAGCGGAUCGUCCUGCACAGGAACUACUGGGCUGGCAGCAAUGACAAUGACAUAGCCCUGGUCCGGAUGCGGGGCAGAGAAGGGCACUGUCUCUCCUUCAAUCACCACGUUCUGCCCGUCUGCCUGCCUGACAGGAGAGAGAGGUCUGACAUCAACAGGCAAGCCUGCAUCAUCUCUGGCUGGGGAGACACAGGGAAGUCCUAUUCCAGAACCCUGCUGCAGGGGGUGGUGCCCCUUCUCCCACGGGAAGACUGUGAGGCCCGUUACGGGCGGAAGUUCACCAACCGCAUGAUUUGUGCUGGGAACCUCUCUGAAGACAAACGGGUGGACAGCUGUCAGGGUGACAGUGGAGGGCCACUCAUGUGUCAGAGGUCAAAUGGACGCUGGAUCAUCUUGGGCAUCACUUCCUGGGGGUAUGGCUGUGGUCGGAAGGAUUCGCCCGGUGUGUACACAAAGGUCAGCAAAUUCGUACCCUGGAUCAAGAAAGUGACCAAGCUAAAAUGAAAAUGACUGAGCUCUUGGAAUUUCAGCACAUGGUCCUUUUGCUCUGCAGCAGCAGAAGGCUGUGGCUUCUGGUCUGUGACUGAUGGAGAUUUAUUUUGACAUUGGACACUGGCAAAAGAUUUUAAUGUAGAACUGGAAGGAAAACAGUUGUGACUGAUUCUUUAAA